GUGCAACUUGUUGGUUUGGAUGAAGAGAGCUCAGAGUUCAUUUGCAGGAACACCUUUGAUCACCCCUACCCUACCACAAAGCUUAUGUGGAUCCCAGACACCAAGGGAGUAUAUCCAGACCUGUUGGCAACCAGUGGUGACUAUCUGCGCGUCUGGAGAGUGGGUGAAACAGAGACCCGGCUGGAGUGUUUGCUGAACAAUAACAAGAACUCUGAUUUCUGUGCUCCACUAACAUCAUUUGACUGGAAUGAAGUGGAUCCUUACCUUCUAGGUACCUCUAGUAUUGACACAACCUGCACUAUUUGGGGUCUGGAGACAGGACAGGUUCUGGGAAGAGUAAAUCUGGUCUCUGGCCAUGUGAAGACCCAGCUUAUUGCGCAUGACAAAGAGGUGUAUGACAUAGCAUUUAGCCGUGCAGGUGGUGGGAGAGAUAUGUUUGCUUCAGUUGGUGCAGAUGGCUCAGUGAGGAUGUUCGAUCUCCGUCAUCUGGAACACAGCACCAUAAUUUAUGAGGACCCACAGCACCAUCCACUGCUGCGUCUCUGCUGGAAUAAGCAGGAUCCCAACUAUCUUGCUACAAUGGCCAUGGAUGGCAUGGAGGUUGUCAUUCUAGAUGUCAGAGUUCCUUGCACUCCUGUUGCCAGGUUAAACAACCACAGAGCAUGUGUAAAUGGAAUUGCUUGGGCACCUCAUUCUUCCUGCCACAUUUGUACAGCAGCGGAUGACCAUCAGGCUCUCAUCUGGGAUAUCCAGCAAAUGCCUCGUGCCAUUGAGGACCCUAUCUUGGCCUAUACAGCAGAGGGAGAAAUCAACAAUGUACAGUGGGCAUCAACUCAGCCAGACUGGAUAGCUAUCUGCUACAACAACUGCCUGGAGAUUUUGAGGGUGUAACAUGACUGCUUCAUGCCACACUGAGGCAGGGCUGUAUAAUUUCCCCUCCCCUCUAAAGUAAGAACAACACAAGUCAAGUGGCCAGUAUCUGUUGUUGCUUUGCAUCUACUGUUACAAGAAACUGUUAGAAGAAUCAAUGGCAGGUGUCUCCUGUCUCUCCAAGACUCUAAAAUGCAGAGACGUGCUGAGCCUCUUGGACUUUCUGGGAUCUGGUUUUCUUUUUUUUUUUUCUCCUCUGUUAAAGUUCUGUAUAUUUGUUUGUUGACUGUAUUAGUAAGCUUGCAGGCUUUUAAGUUGCUGCAUAUGUCCAUGUGUUUGUCAGCCAGCUGAGGCAGCACAUCCAACUAGUUUAAUAGAUGCAAGUGCAAAACAAGGUGGGGAAAAAGGCAAUUGUUGUUAACAGCCACCUUGGCAGGAAUCUUUAUCAUUCCUGUUGUUGCUGCCUGUAAAGUGUUUAAACAUUUGUAUGGUUUUUAUAUAUUGGGCUAACUUUCUAUUGAGUAAGGUUUUUCUCCCUAAUUCUUACUUUUGAUAUGUGAUCCACUUCCAUAUGCCCAAAGCAGGAUCUAUUUCUUGAUACAAAUCACAGUAACACUGCAGGCUCCCUGGCAGUAAAGGCCUGCCAGAAUUAAUGGUUGCCUUGGCUCUCUAUACCUGGUUACCUGGGCAGAAUUUUCUGGUGCUGUGAAGUACAAGUACUUGUUGCACAAUUUCUUUACACUUUUCUGAUGCUAGAGGCAGUUGUUACUAUAGUAGGCCUUAUUUUUAAAUUUUAAGUGAAUUUGUGUGUAUCCUGCAGUUGUGUUAGCUAACAGAAUGGUAAUAGGUUUCAGAAAGAAGAUAUGUGCAUGACUUAAGCUCCUAGGAGAUUAAUGACUCCUGAAAAAAUGUGAUUUGUAAUGGACUUGGGAUUGACACUUCCAAUCAAAUGGUUUCCCCUCAGAAAACUUAUUAUCUAAACCAAAAUAAAAUGGUUUCACACUAUGUAGCUUGCUUGAUUGGCAAAUAAUAUGAGCAAUAUUUUGUGGUUAGCCUGUUCCUUGGAGCUUCUUUGCAUUUGGCCUGUGUUCCUGGGAGUUCUUGAAAGGAGUGCAAAGCAAUCUUUUUUCCCAAAGUGUAUUUGCUUUGUACUGUCAGGUCUUGUUGAUUGAGCAAGAUGAGUUGGAAAAGCUGAUCCACUAUCCAAAUGAAAGCUGUUUCUCUGAAAGAAAUUAUUUCCUAAUGUAAUGCACAACGAUGGGCUUAAAAGGAAAGAAACCAUGCCAUAGAGGCUAAGGUUUGGUACUUGU